AUGGCCCUGCUGAAUUUUUUCUUCCCUGAAGAAAAGUCAUACACUGAAGCAGAAAGUAGGCGUGUCCGUCGAAAUAAAAGAAGCAAAAGCAGUGAAGGAGCAGAUGGUCCAGUUAAAAACAAGAAAAAGGGAAAGAAGGCAGGACCUCCUGGGCCAAAUGGCCCCCCAGGACCUCCAGGACCUCCAGGACCCCAGGGACCUCCAGGGAUUCCAGGGAUUCCUGGAAUUCCAGGAACAACUGUUAUGGGCCCACCUGGCCCUCCAGGUCCUCCUGGUCCUCAAGGACCUCCUGGCCUCCAAGGGCCUUCUGGUUCUUCAGAUAAAGCCGGAACUCGAGAGAACCAGCCAGCUGUGGUGCAUCUGCAGGGCCAAGGGUCAGCAAUUCAAGUCAAGAAUGAUCUUUCAGGUGGAGUGCUCAAUGACUGGUCUCGCAUCACUAUGAACCCCAAGGUGUUUAAGCUACAUCCCCGCAGUGGGGAGCUGGAGGUACUGGUGGACGGCACCUACUUCAUCUAUAGUCAGGUAGAAGUAUACUACAUCAACUUCACUGACUUUGCCAGCUAUGAGGUGGUGGUGGACGAGAAGCCCUUUCUGCAGUGUACCCGCAGCAUCGAGACAGGCAAGACCAACUACAACACUUGCUACACCGCGGGCGUCUGCCUCCUCAAAGCCCGGCAAAAGAUCGCUGUGAAGAUGGUGCACGCUGACAUCUCUAUCAACAUGAGCAAGCACACCACUUUCUUUGGGGCCAUCAGGCUGGGCGAGGCCCCUGCAUCCUAGAUUCCCCCUAUUUGGUCCCUGCCCGUGCCCCUGCCCUAGGUUUGGGAGCCAGUAUCCCCAGAACCUCAAAGUGCUGCUGUGGAGUGAGGCAUGUGUGUGUUGCAGCUGCAGAGAGAAAGGCCCCAAGGCUAUUUAUUCUCCAGUGACUCCAGGACGACAAGGCCUGCUUGCCUUUCCUGAAUGACCUUGAGUUAACAGGACAGUUGAUGAAGCCCCAGGGUUUACAUGAAGCCGAAGUGGCUUCCCUGUGUCCAUGUUGACUGGCUUAAUGGCAUGACUCUUCAAUCUCAAGGUCCCUGAUGUCAAAGUUAUCAUUUGUUGCACUAAAGUGAGGGUCCAGGGCAGCAGGCAAAAGAAAGUAGAGGUAUA